GAAUUAGCGGUAAACCCCGACAUGGCCUCAAAAGACGAUUCUGCUUAUAGCUCCGUUUACAUUUUCAUAAAGGACAUUUUGGAGAAAAUUCCCAUCUCAAAACAAUGGAUAAUAUAUGGAUGUUUCGCGUUCAUGAAAAUUGCACUUUGUGUGUUGCUAAUCUUUUGGCAGUGGAACACAUCAGGAAAACAGACAGCAGCGAGCAUAACAUUCGACAUGGAUGAUACACUUCUACAAGAUCUCUUACCACUAGGAGCUGGCAAACCAAAACCGAAAGCUGAAAAAUAA